CACUGGACUAGCAGGGUUCACGAAUGCACCGUGAAGCGGGGACCCCAGGGCGAGCUGGGGGUGACGGUGCUGGGAGGCGCGGAGCACGGGGAGUUUCCGUACGUCGGAGCGGUGGCGGCGGCCGAGGCAGCGGGGCUUCUCCGCGGUGGCGAGGGCCCGAAGCUGGGCGAAGGGGAGCUGCUUCUGGAGGUGCAGGGGGUCCGGGUGUCCGGCUUGCCCCGCUAUGACGUGCUGGGGGUCAUCGACAGCUGCAAGGAGGCCGUCACCUUCAAAGCCGUCAGACAAGGAGGAAGGCUGAACAAGGACCUGCGACAUUUUCUCAAUCAGCGGUUCCAGAAGGGGUCUCCUGAUCAUGAGCUCCAGCAGACCAUAAGGGAUAACCUUUACCGCCAUGCUGUGCCUUGCACAACCCGAUCUCCCAGAGAAGGAGAAGUGCCUGGCGUGGACUAUAACUUUCUGACUGUGAAGGAGUUCUUGGACCUCGAGCAGAGCGGGACUCUUCUGGAAGUUGGCACCUAUGAAGGAAACUAUUAUGGGACACCCAAGCCUCCUAGCCAGCCAGUCAGUGGGAAAGUGAUCACGACGGAUGCCUUGCAAAGCCUUCAGUCUGGCUCUAAGCAGUCGACCCCGAAGCGAACCAAGUCCUACAAUGAUAUGCAAAAUGCUGGCAUAGUCCAUGCGGAGAAUGAGGAGGAGGAUGACAUUCCUGAAAUGAACAGCAGCUUUACAGCCGAUUCUGGUGAACAAGACGAGCACACUCUCCAAGAAACAGCAUUACCACCUGUGAAUAAUAGCAUCAUCGCUGCUCCCAUCACGGACCCUUCUCAGAAGUUCCCUCAAUACCUACCUCUUUCUGCAGAGGAUAAUUUAGGUCCUCUACCUGAAAACUGGGAGAUGGCCUAUACCGAAAAUGGAGAAGUCUAUUUUAUAGACCAUAAUACGAAAACAACAUCUUGGUUAGACCCUCGGUGCCUGAACAAGCAGCAGAAGCCUCUGGAAGAGUGUGAAGAUGAUGAAGGGGUACACACCGAGGAGCUGGACAGUGAACUAGAACUGCCUGCUGGUUGGGAAAAGAUUGAAGACCCUGUCUAUGGUGUCUACUAUGUAGACCACAUCAACAGGAAGACGCAAUAUGAGAACCCAGUUCUUGAAGCCAAACGGAAGAAGCAGCUUGAGCAGCAGCAGCAGCAACAGCAGCAGCAACAGCAGCAGCAGCAGCAGCAGCAGCAGCAGCAGCAGCAACAGCAGACAGAAGAAUGGACAGAAGAUCACUCAGCCCUUGUGCCUCCUGUUAUUCCAAAUCACCCGCCAAGCAAUCCAGAGCCAGCCAGAGAAGCUCCACUUCAGGGCAAACCCUUUUUUACACGAAACCCUUCUGAGUUGAAAGGCAAGUUCAUUCACACAAAGCUGCGGAAAAGCAGUCGUGGCUUUGGCUUCACGGUGGUUGGAGGGGAUGAACCUGAUGAGUUUCUGCAGAUCAAGAGUUUGGUCCUAGAUGGUCCUGCUGCAUUGGACGGCAAGAUGGAAACAGGGGAUGUGAUUGUCAGUGUGAAUGACACCUGUGUUUUGGGACACACACAUGCUCAAGUUGUGAAGAUCUUCCAGUCCAUCCCCAUUGGUGCCAGCGUGGACCUUGAACUCUGCCGAGGUUAUCCAUUGCCUUUUGAUCCAGAUGACCCCAAUACAAGUUUAGUGACCUCGGUAGCUAUUUUGGAUAAAGAACCAAUUAUUGUAAAUGGGCAAGAGACCUAUGAUUCACCAGCUAGCCACAGUAGUAAAACAGGCAAAGUCAAUGGCAUGAAGGAUGCCCGGCCAAGCAGCCCAGCGGACGUGACUUCAAAUAGUUCUCAUGGUUAUCCUAAUGACACUGUUUCUUUGGCUUCCUCCAUAGCCACUCAGCCAGAACUCAUAACUGUUCAUAUUGUCAAAGGGCCAAUGGGCUUUGGUUUUACUAUCGCAGACAGUCCUGGUGGGGGUGGCCAAAGAGUGAAACAGAUUGUUGACAGCCCAAGGUGCCGAGGCCUGAAAGAAGGGGAUCUCAUAGUGGAAGUUAAUAAGAAGAACGUGCAGGCCCUAACUCACAACCAAGUGGUGGAUAUGCUGGUUGAGUGUCCUAAGGGAAGUGAGGUCACAUUGUUGGUGCAACGAGGAGGGCUGCCAGUUCCCAAGAAGAGCCCAAAGUCGCAACCACUGGAAAGGAAAGACAGCCAGAAUAGUUCUCAGCACAGUGUUUCCAGCCACCGGAGCCUGCACACAGCAUCCCCAAGCCACAGCACACAGGUGCUCCCCGAGUUCCCACCUGCAGAAGCCCAAGCUCCAGAUCAAACUGACAGCUCUGGCCAGAAAAAACCAGAUCCUUUUAAAAUCUGGGCCCAGUCCAGGAGCAUGUAUGAAAACCGACCCAUGUCACCUUCACCUGCAUCGGGAUUGAGCAAGGGUGAGAGAGAGAGAGAAAUCAAUUCCACGAAUUUUGGAGAAUGUCCGAUUCCGGAUUACCAGGAACAGGACAUCUUCCUCUGGAGAAAAGAGACUGGAUUUGGAUUUAGGAUUCUGGGUGGAAAUGAACCAGGGGAACCUAUUUAUAUUGGUCACAUUGUACCACUGGGUGCUGCUGAUACCGACGGCCGCCUGAGGUCUGGAGAUGAAUUAAUCUGUGUGGAUGGGACGCCAGUAAUUGGAAAAUCACACCAGCUUGUGGUCCAGCUUAUGCAACAAGCUGCCAAACAAGGCCACGUCAAUCUCACAGUGCGGCGUAAAGUGGUUUUUGCGGUACCCAAAACCGAGAACGAGGUGCCCUCGCCAGCCUCCUCUCAUCACAGUAGCAACCAGCCAGCCUCGCUGACAGAAGAGAAGCGCACCCCGCAGGGCAGCCAGAAUUCGCUGAACACGGUGAGCUCGGGCAGCGGCAGCACCAGCGGCAUCGGCAGCGGCGGCGGCGGGGGCAGCGGCGUGGUCAGCACUGUGGUGCAGCCCUACGACGUGGAGAUCCGGCGUGGGGAGAACGAGGGCUUCGGCUUCGUCAUCGUGUCCUCGGUGAGCAGGCCCGAAGCAGGCACGACCUUUGCAGGCAAUGCAUGUGUGGCUAUGCCUCACAAAAUAGGUCGGAUUAUUGAGGGGAGCCCUGCUGACCGCUGUGGCAAGCUGAAAGUAGGAGACCGGAUCUUGGCAGUAAAUGGAUGUUCCAUCACCAACAAAUCCCAUUCAGACAUUGUGAACCUAAUCAAGGAAGCAGGAAACACAGUUACCCUCCGCAUCAUUCCUGGGGAUGAGUCCUCGAAUGCCACCUUGCUGACCAAUGCAGAGAAGAUCGCCACCAUCACCACCACACACACCCCUUCUCAGCAAGGGACCCAGGAGACAAGGAAUACCACCAAACCAAAGCAGGAAUCUCAGUUUGAGUUCAAAGCACCCCAGGCAACACAGGAGCAAGAUUUUUACACUGUGGAACUGGAAAGAGGAGCCAAGGGAUUUGGCUUUAGCCUUCGAGGAGGCCGAGAGUAUAACAUGGACCUCUAUGUUCUGCGCUUAGCAGAGGAUGGUCCUGCAGAGAGGUGUGGAAAGAUGAGGAUUGGUGAUGAAAUUUUAGAGAUCAAUGGUGAGACCACCAAAAACAUGAAGCAUUCUCGAGCUAUAGAACUGAUUAAGAAUGGUGGCCGCAGAGUUCGUCUGUUUCUGAAGCGGGGAGACGGCUCAGUACCAGAAUAUGGUGGGUCAAACUAUGAAAACAUUCCUUCCUUCCCUGGCAUGACUCCAUGAAUUUGUCUCCAGAACGGCAGCAGGAAAGUCUUUUUUGUUUCCCCUAUUCACCAGUGUCUUACCAGCCUCUCGCACCAUGUGAUUAUUUGCCUCGCUUGUUCUGAAAUCUCUACACAUUUCAUCCUUUUGCUUGCUUAUGUGGACUGGGGCAUGGCCCAAGACAAGAUCUUUAUAGCCCCCUUUCUGAUAAUCAGAGAGAACAUUUUGUCUAGUCCGACCGAGAGCGAAGGAAUGUUUGUUUGAACUGUGCCAAACUGUUCCUCAGAUCCAAUUGUUAGCACAAAAUGACUAUAUACUCCUUUUAAGAAGCAGGAAAGCAGGUUUCCUGAGUGAUAUGUUGAGGCACAAUUAUUUUUUCCUUUUUGGUUACUUGGUGUCUUUAUUUAAGAGGCAUGAAAUUUUGAGAGAUUUGGGGGCUUUGCUCACCUCCUUUAUGCUCUGUAUACAACACUUCUCCAUCCCCCAACUGGUCUCUUACCCCAAAUCAGACCAUCUGAGCCCACUACUAUCAAACAAACAAAAACUGUUAAUAUAUUAGCCAUAAUGUUUUUAAAUGAUAAAGGAUGAAAUAAAUUCCCAGUGCUCAUCAUGAGGGAAACAUGUGAUUAUACCUUUCCUAUGAGGAAAGCCAGGUUAUACAUAGAGUUCCUUUGUCAUAUCUUUAAACUUGAUUUGAGUAGACAGUAAUGAUCUUUACAUAGCUUAGUGUUCUGAUGGCAAAAUAUUGUAUAUGAUAAUAAUUAUGUCCUAUUUAUUUGAGAUUUGUGUUUAAAAUUAAAAAAAAAAAAAAAAAAAAAGCUAUGCCCUAGAUGUAGGGCUUUUUUUCCCAACCAAAGGUCUACAAAAGUUUCUAUAGAAACUGUGAUUGAAUGGUCCCCAUAUACGUUGGUCCCCUUUAUUAGGGAUUUAUCUAUUAUCACCCUCUUUUCUGAAAGUCAUUCUGCACAAUUCUCAGUUGCAUUUUGGACUUGAUGAUAUGUUUAAUUCAGAUGCAGCUCAAGGAGAAGGAUAGCUCUUUGGAGGGCCAGCCUUCCCAGGUGUUGGACAUUUGUACAGGUGCAAAAUACGAGGGGUCCGAGGUACAGGGGGAGGGUGAGUAUUAGACAAGGCCCCUAUAGACAUGGCCAACCACAGGGGAAGUAUUUUUGACAACAUUAAGAUGCUGUGGCUGUGCACUGUACUAAACUUCUGACCAUUAGGUGUGUUGAUACCACUGAAACUGUGUAACAUUGUCUCCCUUUUCUGUCUUCCCUAUGCUUCUGUUGGAUGUGAUAUUUCAUUUGAGAGUCAUCGUCAGUAACCUGUGUACCUUCUCAAAACCUAUGUCUGUUGCACUGAGGAUGAAAAUCCAACACUAACAAAUGUUCUUUGGGCUAAAAAUAAAGAUCAUUGAAAUACAUGGUUUUCCAAGAAGGGUUGAACCUGCCAGGGUUGUGCUACUGUAAUGUCUCCAUGCGUCACUUGGACUAAAUCUCUCUAAUUCCAUUGAUUAGAGUCACAAAUGGGUUAUAAUAUGUUAAGUUCCAAUAUUUUUCUGACCUGAUUGGAACCUGCUUCUCUGUGAGGCUAUUUUUGUAAUGAGUUUUUUGUACUUAAUUUAACUGCCGCGGUCUUUGGUGGGGGUGGGAAGGGAUUUUGUUCUUUUGUUGUUUAUUGUUAAUGCUCUCCUAUGCCAGUCUGUCAUUGUUCCAGUUGUUUGAAAAAAACAAAACAAAAAAGGAUGCAUUCAUUGUCUGGGUUCUCGAGUCACCUUAUGGCUGUCUGAAAAUGUCACUGUUUCGAUUGCGGUCUCUGCAGCCUUAUUUAAGUGUUGCCUUAGACUGUCUGACUGGACAAAUAAACUCUCUUUGCCCUAUGUUAA